UGCUCUCUCGCAGCCCGAGACGCUGCCGUUUUUUUUUUUUUUUUUUUUUUUUUUUUUCCGGGUUCGGAGCCAUUCCGGAUGCUUUAGGCUGCCGGAUGUCUGAUCUCCGGAUAACUGAGGCGUUUCUGUACAUGGAUUAUCUGUGUUUUCGAGCGCUUUGCUGCAAGGGACCACCCCCUGCGCGCCCAGAAUAUGAUUUGGUUUGCAUAGGCCUCACAGGCUCUGGGAAGAGCAGUCUGUUGUCCAAGCUCUGCAGCGAAAGCCCGGAGAACGUUGUGUCGACCACAGGUUUUAGUAUAAAGGCAGUGCCAUUCCAGAAUGCCAUCUUGAAUGUAAAAGAACUCGGAGGAGCUGAUAAUAUCCGGAAAUACUGGAGCCGCUACUACCAAGGAUCCCAAGGAGUAAUAUUCGUCUUAGACAGUGCCUCCUCAGAGGACGAUUUAGAAACGGCCAGAAAUGAGCUGCAUUCUGCUCUUCAGCACCCGCAGCUAUGCACUUUGCCCUUUUUAAUACUGGCCAAUCAUCAAGACAAGCCCGCAGCCCGCUCGGUGCAAGAGAUCAAAAAAUACUUUGAACUUGAACCACUUGCACGUGGCAAACGCUGGAUUCUGCAGCCAUCCUCACUAGAUGACACGGUCGCACUGAAAGACAGCUUCUCCCAGCUCAUAAGCUUGUUAGAAGAAAAAGACCUGGAGGCCAUGAGAAUGUGAAAUCUGACACAGGAGUUCCCCGAGAGCCUUGAACCCAUCAUGUCAGCUUCCCAUUCUGAUUUCAUGUUGGUAUCAAGACUGUCAUGGCUUCAGUAUCUCCUCUCCUCUCGCUCCUCCAGCCUCUCGUCUCUCUGCUAAGUGACUGUUCCGUAAGUCAGGUGAAUUAGCCUCGCAUUAACGUCAAAUACACACUACUGAGGGAGAACUGAUUCUCUGUUUACCGCGAAUUGUCUUCAACGCAUGUUUCUUCCUUCUGUUGGCCUAAGACUCUCUUCUGUGCUUUGUGCUAAAGUGGAUGGAACACGCGGCUCACGGAAAUGAAACCCUUCUGAGGAACUCAGACUCCCGCGCCUUCACUAACUUCCCUGGGCUUGAGCUUAGGCAAUUGGAACUAGACUCCCCACGAUGUAUAUGCCGUUUCCAUCAUCUUCUAAGGGGUCAAGUUUUUUACACUUUAUUUUGUCUUGUCUGGUGUGUGUGUGUGUGUGUGUGUGUGUGUGUGUGUGUUUACUUUAUAGGCUAUGAGUGAACGUGACCACAACGUGACCACCCAAAGCUUCGCCUGCUCAUCUUUUCAUAAAACUGGCUCUGAAGAACCGAGAAAGCAGUUGUGUGAUGCUUGCUUGGUUCUGCCUGAGGCCAUGUUCCCUCCCUCAGGAGGACGGCAUCCUGGUUGAGAGAGUUGGAGAAUUUAGGCAAGCACAGGCACCACGGAGUCCCAUUUGAUCAAGUCUGCAGAUAUUUAAUGGAGUCAUUAAUCUGCAAAAAGCCAAGCUGCAGUGUGAGCAUUUGUUUUCGCUUAAAAAAAAAUCAAAAAUGUUUGAAUGAAAUCAAGAAAAUGACUUUUCAAAUAAUAAACAUAACAGCCAAUGUCUAAUCCACGGUUGGGAUUUAAGUUGGCAUGGAUUUGAUGAAGCUCAAGGCACACCCUGUUACUUAUUCAUCAAUGAGGAUGCUGACUGGGGAGUCGGCUCAGGCCUCCGUUUAGUAAAGGUCUGUCAGUAUUUCUAUUAUAAACCUCUAUUUUCAGGGGUGUCCUGUGCCCUUAGCAUCUGCUGGGCUACAGCAAAUAAAUAGAGGGCCUACUCUCAGCCUUUGGAACUAAUUUUUUUCCACUUAGUUGAAAUGAUAAAAUUGCAUAGAACAAUGUACAGUUUUAGUAAGAUUUAACACCUUUGACCUUUUCUAAAUCAGGAAUAAUUUAUGAAUAUUGAGGCUCAUGGAUGAAAUAUUCAUUGGCACAUCUUGUAAAUGUUUGACCAGUUAUUCACUAUAUUCAAAGUGGCCAAAUGAUAGAAAGCUGCUCCCUGCACCCAAGCAAUAAAAACACAAGUCUCUCAUUUUUAGGUACUGUAGCUGGAUACCGUGACAUCACAGACUCAAUGUCAUAUUUAGUGCAGGGUGACAGAAAACCUUGUGACUCUCCAGAGGACAGUCUUCAAACCCCUCACAGCGCUCAGAUGUAGUGAUUUCAUCUCGUAAAUGGAUUUUAAUUAAAACAAUCCCGCACCUCUUUAAGCCUUUUAAAAUAUAUACACGGCGUAGACCAGAGAAGGCUCCGUGGUGAUUCAUUUUGUCUAAAGUAUCCCUGAAUAAUUCCCACUCUGUGGGAUGGUCCACGGAGAGCACAGAUCUUUAAUUCCUCUUUGCUCUCUCUCUCCCUGCAAGUUCAUUAAAUGGAGAAUGUUGUCUUUUUGAAGAUGCUGUGGCUGAGUGCUCCUUGCCAUCUGUUAAAUGACUUCCCGUUGUCUGUGUGUGUUCAUGUGCGCCAGCGAUGGGCUUCUCCGCAGCCCGGAGACUGUCUGCAGCGUCGCAGCCGUCAGAAUGAAAACAUUAUCAAUCAGUACCCAACAACAGCUGUUUUUGACAAGUUUCUGUCUGACGCCUGAUGCUUUACAACUGUCAAUGAGGCUCCUUCUUUGUCUAGCGGGUCGGAGCACGCUGUCUUAUUGCUCCUCUUGGCAUCCCGUCUCUGUAACCCUAGAAUUUGCUGUGUUUGGGAAACCCAUGUGGGGGAGGGGAGAGGGAAGGGGAGGGGCUGUGUGUCUUGUUCUUACUUUUGUGUAAGGUGCCACAGGUGUCUUAGUUUGCAUAUUCAAAUAUAUAUAUAGGAAAACAGUCUGUUAUGUAUUUCUUCAGUUAGCAUCUUGUUAUAUUUAUGGAAGUGACCCAUUUUUGUACCUUCUUAGCUGAAGCCGUUGCCUUUUUUUCUACUGGCAAUUUAUUUAUAUAAAACUUUGUAUCUACCGUAGUUUACAGUAUUGGUUGCCGGGUAACUGCUAUAUUACCCUGUCUUUCUAUUGAGAUAUAACCUAUACUUAAAGGUUGACCGGUUCAUGUGGACGUUUGCUAGGCAAGAAGAGCUUUACCUGGCCCGUGAUUUAUAUGAUUUCCACUAUCUUGCAAUGAAAAUAAAUGCUUAGUAGAA